AUGGAUGAUAAUGGUUUAGGCAAUUUUGGAUCCGAUCCUUAUGAGUUUGCUAAUAUGAUUGGCGAUGGAGAUCAACCCUUGUAUCCUAGUUGUAAAUUGUUGAUACUUCAAGGAGAUUUGCUUCUAGAAGGAAAUACAAUACAUCAUCUAUGUAUGAGGCAAAAAGACUUUGUGUGCAUUGGGGCUGAGUUAUGA